CCGGCCCUCAUCUGAACGUACACUCAGUGAGACAACCAAGCUAGCAUACACCACACCAGUUGAGCUAAUCUUAGCUACCUAGCUAACAGCGAAGCGGCUAAGCAAGCUCGAGCUCGCCUUGGAAUGGAGGCCGAGAUGUACGUCCACGCCGCCGAGCCCCUCAGGGCGAACAUGGCCACGUGCAUCCCGAGGCUGCGCGGCGGCGGCGGCGUCCGGCGGCGGCCGCGGCAGCACGGCGCUCCUCCGCCCACGACGGCGUCGGCGUCCGUGAUGGAACGCGUCCGGGAGGUGCUGCUGCGGCUGGCGAUGCUGUCGGCGGCGUCCUCGUCGUCACCCAAGGCCGGCGCUCGCCUCCAGCAGCACACGACGGCCGCGGCGCCGACGAGGGCCGCGUCGGUCCGCAUGAGCCCGUCCUACUCCGAGUCGUACCCGAGCGACGCCGUGGACGACUGCAUCGAGUUCCUGAAGCGCUCGGCGGCAGGCAAUGGCGGCGGCAGCGCCUCCGCGGCCGCCGUGCCGGAGUCAGUGAGCUCGGCCCGGCCGCCGGCGGCGUUGCACGCGUGAUCUGCAUGCAUGUGACGUGCCACUAGCUGGAAUCUUAAUUAUUCUGCGAGAUCCACGAAUGAGUUGGUGUAUGUUUGACUGUUGGUACAUGUGGAUGUUUGUUGGGUGGUGGUUGCAUGCAUGCAUGCAUGUGUAGUGUGGUAGACGUUGGCGUACGUGUUGGAUGUAUAUAAGCAGAGUUUUGUGGCAAUUUACCUCAACUUGUCAAGUGGAAUUACAAUUAAUAUUACAUGCAUGUAUGUAUGUAUGU